CCUGUAGGAGAAGGAUCUUCGAAGGAGGGGGCCUGGAUUUGCUUCCAGGUGUCUCACGCCCCCUUCUUUUUUAUCAUUUUUAUCAUCAUUAUUAUCAAUUUCCCCAUUCCAUCAUACCCCACCCUCCCGUGCGCUGUGAUGACCCUGUCCGGCAGCUUGAGCGCCAGCGACAUGUCCGGCCAGACGGUGCUGACGGCCGAAGAUGUGGACAUCGACGUGGUGGGCGAGGGAGACGACGGCCUGGAGGAGAGGAGCGGCGGGGGCGGCGGGGCUAGCGACGCUGCCGAGGCCGGCUGCAGUCCGAGCGCCCUAGCAGCGGCCGCCUCGUCGGGCUUGCCCGCCCAGCUGGCCCUGGACGAGGCGGCCGAGCUGCUGAUGGCCAAAGAGGCGGUGGAGACGAGCUCGGGCAGCUGCAACAGCAGCAACGGCGGCAGCCCCGUCGAGGAGAAAGCCGGCGAGGAGGGCUCCGCGGCAGCGGGGGGCGCGCCGUCUGGGGCCGCCGCAGCUGCUGCCUCCAGCGGCGGCAAGCCCAAGAGCAGCCUGGUGAAGCCGCCCUACUCCUACAUCGCGCUGAUCACCAUGGCUAUCUUGCAGAGCCCGCAGAAGAAGCUGACUCUCAGCGGCAUCUGCGAGUUCAUCAGCAACCGCUUCCCCUACUACCGGGAGAAGUUCCCCGCCUGGCAGAACUCCAUCCGCCACAACCUGUCGCUCAACGACUGCUUCGUCAAGAUCCCCCGCGAGCCGGGCAACCCGGGCAAGGGCAACUACUGGACGCUGGACCCCCAGUCCGAGGACAUGUUCGACAACGGCUCUUUCUUGCGGCGCAGGAAGCGCUUCAAGCGGCACCAGCAGGAGCAGCUGCGCGAACAGACGGCCCUCAUGAUGCACAGCUUCGGCGCCUACAGCCUGGCAGCCGCCGCCGCCUCGGCCGCCGCCGCCUCCUCCGGCCCCUACGGCCGAGCCUAUGGCCUGCCCCACGGCGCCUACCCGCACCCCGCCGCCCUCCAGUACCCCUACAUCCCGCCCGUCGGCCCCAUGCUGCCGCCCGCCGUCCCGCUCCUUCCCUCCAGCGAGCUCAGCCGCAAAGCCUUCAACUCCCAGCUCAGCCCCAGUCUCCAGAUCCAGCUCAGCGGCCUCAGCGCGGCGGGCUCGGCCGCAGCCGCAGCCGCCGCUGCCGCUGCCGCCGCCGCCGCCGGUGUCAAAGCCGAGCCCAGCAGCCGGCCCUCCUUCAGCAUCGAGAACAUCAUUGGCGGCGGGGGCGCGGGAGUCGGGGGACCAGUGGCCAGCUCCUCCGCGGCCAGCGGCCAGACUUUCCUGCGGCCGCCCGUCACCGUGCAGUCGGGCCUGCUGGCGCACCAGCCGCUCUCGUUGGCCAGGAGCACGGCGGCCAUCGCCCCCAUCCUUAGCGUGCCUACGAACAUUAUCGCGGGACAGUUUUUGCAGCCGGCCGCCUCCGCCACGCCCGUCCAGGCGAAGUGGCCGGCCCAGUAGACUUUGGGCGCGCGGGAGGGUCCAAGACUCUCGCUCUCUCCCGAGUGGUCCCCUUUUUUUAACCAGAAGAAACGACCGUCCUGCUUUUCCGCCCGUCUCUUGGGGCAUCUUGAGAGACUCCUCACAAGAACAGCAACCAGCCCCGCGGGCUUCUCCCAGGACAGCGGCCGGUGUCUGGAUCACCGCAGCCCAGGGCGCCUGCGGCGGAACCCUGAGGACCUUCUAAAGCCCUCAAACUCCCCCGCGCCCGCCAACCCAGACAAGACGAAGGCUGGCCGGGCCUGCCUGGACAGGUAACCUCCGACUCAGAGCCCACGGCAACAGCUUUGUACAUAUUUGUGUUGGGGAAGGGGAGGAAAUGACGGACUUUCCUUUUGCGGUUUUUAUUUUUCUAAAACGAUCCAUAUUUGGAGAAUAAUAACAAUAACAAAGAAAAAAACAGAGUGUAAAAGAUGAGGGGCCCCGAACUUUCACUUUUGCUGAAGGUUCUUAUUCUCUUCGGGCGUUUCCAUCGAAAAUAAACCCGAACCGAUCAGGGUCAUUUUAAUGAUGAGAAAGGGAAAAACAAACAAGAAGAAGAAUCGCGCAAAAAUGGAAAGAAAGGAGGGAAAUAUCCCUGUCAUUCUAUUAUAGAAGUCCGUUUAUAUAUGAAUGAAUAUAUGUAUUCUAAAUGUUAUUCCUUCGUGUUGUACACAGCUUUGUAAAUAAAUUUUUAAAAUGUUGUUUUUUGGUGUUUACUUGCUAAUUACGAGGCCGUCUGGAAUCACUGGAGCCAGCAGGGAUGGGGGACAUCAGGUAGCCGCUGAACCGCAGGUGGGAGCAGCUCUUAGGCAGAAAUCCGUGGGAUUGGCUUCCCCGCAAAUGUCGAGCCGCGAGGCUGGCAUUCCGCUGCCUUCCA